AUGUGGUCAAACCGGUGUAUUAUAUUCACGCUACUGUCCGCAUUUACCCAGCUCGAUGGAACCAUUGCCGAAUGUGAUCCCGAUAGCCGCAGCCCAGAGCUCACGUGGGAGUCUAGACUUACGGUGGCGCUAAACGAGCGCUGCCCUUCCAAAAAAAUUACACCUCCUAAUCCCCGAGAUACUAACGACAUCACAGUAAAAUUCCUACUAAAGAAUUUUUUCUUUAACGACCGUGAGGAGGUUUUUACAAUUUACAGUUGGAUUUUGCUCUCCUGGCAUGACGACAGACUAGCGUGGAAGGCUACAGAUUAUGGAGCAAUUACGGAGACGAUCGUCCACGCCAACAGUAUAUGGACCCCGACACUGAAGCUUCUAAAUGCUAAGACAGAGGACAGCGACGACUUCAUCGGCAUUAAGUGUUCCGUGAGAAGUUCUGGUGAUGUGCAAUGUGUACCGCGAGUGUUUCAUGAAGUUGCGUGUAUCUCUAGACUUGGCAAUUGGCCUUACGAUCAACAAAAGUGCCGCUUGGAAUUUGGCUCUCUAGGAAAUAAUUUUGGAAAAUUUAAGGAUAAUGUUACAUUUAUUUUGCCAAGCCGUGGGAUGCGCUUAUGGGAGGCAGAGUAUGGUACUGGCUGGAUGAUAGUCGACUUCAAGCAGGAAAUUAAUGUGAGCACAUCUGUUCAGUUUUACUUUGAGUUAACAGUAGAGAGACAAGCAGAAGAUAUCGCAGCAAUCCUCCUUGGACCGUGCAUCGCGCUCACUAUUCUCACUAUUAGCUCCCUCUUCCUGGAUAUCACUGACAGCCUCCGAGUGGGAAUCAUAUCCUUGAGUAUCAUUGGCCAUUUCUCACUUAUCCAGACUCUCAACUCUCUGAUACCGCAGCACAGCGCCGAAUCCCCCACAGUGCUUAUAUACUUGCGAGCUUCUCUCAUCACAACCACGACUUGCCUUAUUGUCACAGUAAUACUAAGUAAAUUAGUAAAGAGGCAAGGACCAACACACUCAUGGAUGAGUUCUAUUAACAUUUACGUGUCAAGGUCGCUAAUGCGACACUUGGUGUUGUGGCAUUCUCUGGGUGGUGACCAGAUCCUAGCUGAUGAGAUUACAAGAAGACACGAGGACGAGAGGAGCUACUUCGCAUCAAUAUGUAACAGUGUAGGCAUUGUAGUAAGCCUCGUUAUGUAUAUCUGUUCAUAUAUAUUGUAUAUACCGCGACCACUUCCCUCUGAAUAGAAUAUAGAUUCUGUAGUGUACAGAACGUCUAAUUUAUAGUUAUAAUACAUACAUUUUCUGCUACAUAGUCAAUUAUUAAGUUAUAGUUGAUCUUACAAAAGUUGCUUAAUUAAAACGUCUCAAUGCUAAAAGCAUCUCAAUUAAGGGUAUCGUUGGACAACCUCAAAAAUAAGGAAAAGGACCAAAGGUGAGCGAUGUGUUAGAAAAAAUAAGAAAACUCAAAUGGAAAUGGACUGGACAUAUAAUGGGGUCGGACAAAGGAAAAUGGACAAAGGACGUUAUUAGAGUGGUACCCUAGAAACGGUAAAAGACGUAAAGAACGUCAAGUUUAAAGAUGGGAAGACGAUUUACCAACUGGAUGAAGAAGGUUAGCUCGAGAUAGAGAUAAGUGGAAGAAAAUGGGGAGGCCUAUGUCGAAAGACAAACACAGUGGUUCCUGAAAAUUGUAUACUACAAUUGUAUAUCAUUUUACUUAUAUAAUUAAGAAAAUAUGUUUUAUAUAUAGUAUGGUCAGUGAUUAAAGGCUUUUAUUAUUAUUAUUGUGUCUUUCGAAUAAACAUAUAAUAAUAUUG